CACAACUGUCAACUGUCAAUGAAGAAAUGAUACCCGCUGCAAUCGCUGCAGUGUUUCGCGACUGCGUUGGGACGGAUGACAAAGAUGAACAUCACGGAUACCAGCUCCAGCAAUUUAUCAGGUCGGGCGACAUAGACAAUUUCAAAGAUUCUCUCAAAUACCCCGAGUUCCGAGCAGUUAUCAAUAUGAAAAACCACUUAGGAUGCACACCACUGAGGAUUGCAGCCGCGGAGGGUCAACUUGAGUGUGUACGGUACCUGCUGGACCUAGGGGCACUAGUAGACAGCCCAGAUGUCAAACUUCAGACACCUUUAUUGGUAGCAAUGAAGAAUUUCCACUUUGACUGUGCAGAACUUUUAUUAGAACGAGGAGCCAGCCCUAACGGGGACCCACACCAUAUCACCACACCAAUAUAUAUCAUGACAAUGGAGGGUUCAUUCAGGGGGAUGAAGUUACUAUUAGAGCAUGGCGCCGAUACAUAUGAAUCUCAUAACCACAUCCUACCAAUGAUGUCACUGCAUGUUCCAGUGUGUCCCGUUCAGGUAGCUUUGACCUAUAAAAGGUACAACUGUCUACGGUUGCUGCUGAGCUACGGGGCAGAAACAAAUUAUUUCCACUUUUACAGUCACAUUGAAGAACAGAAACACAUGAUGCUAUAUGACAUAUGCAUUAGUAAGUCAUGUGUGUUAGUUGGAUUUCAACUUCUGUAUGAGUCUGGAACCAAUAUAUAUAUACGACCUAAAGAGAGUAAACAAGUGUGGGAGAUGGAGGAGAGACCACACAUCCAGAGCUACCUAAAAUACAUCACUGAGAAUCCCCGUAGUCUGAAGUCGAGCUGUCGCUUGUCUCUGAUGCAUCAAUAUGGACGAAGCCUAUUGUCACAGUUAGACAAAAUGGACAUCCCCACUGUCCUUAAGACCUAUCUCAGUCUUGCCGAUAUCCCUGACAGUUGACAACACACUGGCAUAGAGACACUAGUAAUAAUUUACUUGUUCUUUCUCAUAUGGUGUUUCAACAUUUUAUAAAAACGUUUUUUAUGCAAUUUACAAAUAAAUGUGCCAUUUAUUAUCAUAAGUCAUUUAUUGUAUUGUUUUUUAGGGUUUUCCUACCAUUUAUUGAAUGUAUUUUGUAUAAUAUUUACCCGGUGUUUAACCCAUUUUUUGCAAAUCACAAUUUUUACCCCAAGUGCUUUUCCAAGAUAUUAUUUUUUCAAUCCAGCACAGUAACUGUACAAAAUUUGAUUUUGAAAUGUUUAAAUGAUGUGAGUUCUUACACAGAAAGGAAAACACGUUUAGAUUUUGUAAAUUUACACCAAUUUCUAAAGUAAUUGUGUCCUAUUGCAGUAAAUCUUUGAAUACAUUUAGUUGCAUUGAUAGGUAAAGCUACAUUGUAAUCAUGUGAUAUUCAUAAUUAAUAAUAAAUGUCUGUAGUUUGUACAGACAAUGUAGGACCAAUGGAACCUCUACCCAAGAGGUUGGUAUUGGGGUGAUAACUGAGCUGUCCCAUAUCCCAGCCACUCGUGCCUCCAUUAUGAUUAAAUUUGUUUGUCAUAUAUCUUCUCAUCUUAAAAGUGGUGUACAAUGAACAUGUUCAGUGAACAGGAACAUUUUCUACACCAAUUUCUUCCCUUUUAUUUAAAAUAAUAUCUCGGUCAAACCAGUAAAUAACUUACUGAUAAAAAGACAAUGCUGCAAAUUCUCACUUCCCAGUUCUUAUUUGGAUAGUGGUUAAAAGUAAUAAACAUGUCAGCAUGUAUCAAAAAAGUUUAAGAUGUUACUUAAUAUAUAUUUAAUGCAUUUUUAUUGGCCUUUAUGUAUAUGCAUUAGUGGAUAGUGGUUUAAAGUAAUAAACAUGUCAGCAUGUAUCAAAAAAGUUUAAGAUGUUACUUAAUAUAUAUUUAAUGCAUUUUUAUUGGCCUUUAUGUAUAUGCAUUAGUGGAUAGUGGUUAAAAGUAAUAAACAUGUCAGCAUGUAUCAAAAAAGUUUAAGAUGUUACUUAAUACAUAUUUAAUGCAUUUUUAUUGGCCUUUAUGUAUAUGCAUUAGUUUUCUAUUGGGUUAGCUCCCUUUGAUGUGCACAUGUCUGAUUGUAUAAUAAUUAGAUAUUACUCUCAGACGUUGUGGAUUAUAGCUUUGUUUUAAGACAUAAUGUGUUGUAGCUUUAAAAUAAUAUUACUUGCCUGCCAUAUACCAGACUGUGCCAACAAUGUUGCCAUAAACUAUAACUUUUGUUCAUUUAACCACGGAAUUAGAUUAAGUCCGUGAUUUAACAAACAUGAUUACCAAUAUUAAACGUCUACAUU